UGUAAUAAAAAGAGUAAAGGUGAUUUUUCGCAUUCUCCACAAACACUAUUUCAUCUGAGUGAUGAAUGACGGCACAGUAAUUAUCGAUUAGGGUUUCAAUUUAUGAAGAGAAGAAGAAGAUCUAUUCAAUUUCAGGGUUCGUUUUAGCUUAACAGUAAAUCGAAGAGCUUCAGAGUAUAGAUCAGUGGUGUCUCCUCAGUAAAUUCCUCUCUACCCAUGAAGGUAAGCCCUAAUUUCUUACUAUUCGGCUGUCUUACUUUGAUAGUUUGACGAUUCAAGCUAAGAUGAUACUUGUGAAUUGACUGAAUUUCAUUCAAUCGAAUCAAUGGAAAAUCUCGAAAACCCUUCUUCUGAUACUUCUUUGGUCCUCAGCGAGAUAUCAGAGAUUAACCUUGAAGCAACAAGCAGAAAUUGUGAUGAAGAUAAUAAUAAUAGCUUUUUCACUUGUGAAAUCUGUGUAGAACUAGCUCCAUUAAACUCAAAAUUCAACAACUUAGAGACCAUAUGUUCGCAUAACUACUGUAUAGAUUGCAUUGCGAAAUAUAUCCAAGUAAAAGUGAGUCAAGACAACAUGUCACAUAUCAAAUGCCCUAAUGCCAACUGCAGUCUCUCCGAGAAAGUAUUCGAGAAAUGGUGCCUUGUUCAUUGCGAGUCAGCAGUACUCUUAGAGUCAUCAAAAGGUGGGUUUGCUUAUGGGAGAUCUUACUGCCCUUAUCGAGAUUGUUCUGAAUUGAUUUUGAAUGAAUGUGUUGGAACUAAUGGUAGUAAUAAGGUGACUAAAUCAAACUGUCCUAAUUGCAAAAAGCUCUUCUGUUGUCAUUGCAUGGUCCCGUGGAAAGAGAAUCAUGAAUGUAUUGAUAGAAAUGAGACUAUAAUUGACAUUGAUAGUAAUGAUGUUUUGUUCAUCGAGAAUGUUAAACGCAACAAGUGGGUACGAUGUCCAUCCUGCUAUCAUUAUGUCGAGCACAACAAGGGAUGUAGUUUGAUUACAUGCAGAUGUAAGACAAGAUUUUGUUACAAUUGCUGAGAAAAGGCAUGUAUAUGCAUAGACAGACUGAGCUUCUGGCAGUUUCUACUAUUAUGGAUAUGUUGCCUAGUCCUCUGGCCAUUUAUAGGGCUUUAUGUUAUUUUUCAC